GAGGAAGAGAGAGAGAGAGAGAGAGAGAAAAAGAGGAUUCUACAAGCUAAGCUGCACACACAUCACAUUCAUGGCUUCCAAGCUGCUACUAAUCACUGUUUUUUUUCUUCACUUGAUUGCUUUUGCAUUGGCUGUGGUUGCUGAGCAGAGAAGAAGCACCGCCAAGAUUGUACCAGACAAGGAAAUAAAUUACAAUUACUGUGUCUAUGACUCAGAUAUAUCAACUGGGCUUGGUGUUGGUGCAUUUCUUUUCCUCUUGGCCAGUCAAGUCCUCAUAAUGGUGGCAAGUCAUUGCUUCUGUUGUGGGAAGCCUCUAAACCCAGGAGGUUCAAGGGCCUUGGCAGUUGUCCUUUUCAUAAUCUGCUGGGUGUUUUUCUUCAUAGCUGAGAUGUGCUUGCUGGCUGGUUCAGUGAGAAAUGCCUAUCACACAAGGUAUAGGACCAUGUUCACUGAAAUUCCCCCCUCUUGCCAAACAGUUAGAAAGGGAGUUUUUGCUGCUGGUGCUGCUUUUACUUUAUUCACUGGCAUAGUUUCAGAAUUCUAUUAUAUCAACUAUUCAAGGGCCAGAGAUAGCUUCCAACCACAUGGUGGAGAGACUGGUAUUGGUAUGGGAACCUACAAAUGAGCUUUUUAGUUAAGAAAUUUCAACCAACACACAGCCAUAGAUGUCACUAUUUGAACUCUGGCAUUUCUUAUGUGAAGGUGCCUCACUAUAAUGUAUAUGUUAUAUUAUAUGGUAAUUCCUUAUGACAUGUGUAGCCCAAUCAUCAGUUUAGAGG